AUGGCAAUAGACGUGGUUAACUCGAUCGGACAGUUCGGGAACGAGGAAUUCUACUUCGUCGGUAACUUCAGCUGUGAGACUUUUUACUUGCCGACUUCAAUCCAGCUUUUUGAGAGCUUGGGAAAUUUUGGAGUUGGUCUGGUAACGAUAGCCUCGGCGCUAUGCGCCGCGACCGUUUACCUCGGCGUCGAUGCCUGCAGCAACAUCUGCUAUCGGCAGGAGACCACUUCCUUCAAGAUCAACGCCUGCACCGUUUUAUCCGUCUAUCCGAUCGCCAGUCUCUGUAGCCUCACCGCACUCGCGCUACCGAGGUCACAGCUGCUAGCCGAGGCACUGACAUCAAUGGCCCUAACCAUCGCCCUGUACCGUCUCUAUGCCUUGCUCCAAGAACUCGGGAGACGAAGAGCCCUGAAGGCGCCUCAGUUGGCACUCAAGGUGGGCCCGUGCUGUUGUUGGCCGUGCCUCGAGUUCCCCACCCUCGAGAUGAACGACGUCAAUUUGUUCUGGCUGCACAUAGCUGUACUGCAGUUUCCUAUCGUUCAGGGAAUUGUCUGCUGCGUUCUGCUGAUCAUGUCUGCGGAGGCGCCUGUUUUUGCCAAUAGUUACGGAGUCUUUUUACAGCCGUUUGUCUUAAUUAGCAUACUUCUUGCAAUCUAUGGUCUUACUGUCGUUACCAAGAGUCUUCAUGCUAUAGCUCCAGAAGCGGCUUUGCCGUCGAAAACGCUGGUGGUGCAGCUGGUAUUGCUGUUCUCGAAGCUGCAGGGCUUCAUUAUCAAGAGUCUAGUCGGCACCGGCCUCUUUCCUUGCGACCCGCCCCUCACGCCCCACGUUUACGCAAACGUGACCUACGACGCCCUGAUGGUAAUUGAGAUGCUUCUGCUCUGCUACGCGGCACGUCUAAUUUACGCUGCCGACAAAAUCGAGCCCGAAAAUUCUGCAGCUUCGCCGGAUCGCCGAGCUGACGCUAACAACGGGGGAACUACUGCCUGGAUCACGGGCGUUGAGAUGAUGGCGAGUGAUGGACAAAAUCGAGCUCCAAAUAAUGCACCUCAGCAGCAAGCUAGGAGCGUGGCCGCUUGA